AUGGCCGCCGCCGCGCCCGAAGCCGCCGCCGCCGCCUCCCCCGCACCCCCGCCGCCGCCCUCUAACCCGAAGCUCGACCAGAUCGUGAACGACAUCUCCUCCCUCACGCUCCUGCAGGCCGCCGACCUCGUUACGCUCCUCAAGACCCGCCUGAACAUCCAAGAAAUCGCCAUGCCCGCCGCCGCCCCCUCCGCCGCGCCCGCCGCAGCCGCAGCCGAGGACGCCCCCGCCGAGGAAGAAAAGCCCAAAGAAAAGACCAUCUUCUCCGUCAAGCUCGAGAGCAUCGACGCCGCCGCCAAGGCAAAGGUCAUCAAGGAGAUCAAGGCCAUGAUCCCCAACCUCACGCUCAUCGAGGCGAAGAAGUUCGUCGAGUCCCUCCCGAAGGUCAUCAAGGAGAACGUCCCCAAGGAGGACGCCGACAAGCUCAAGGCCACCUUCGAGUCCCUCGGCGGCGUCGUCAAGCUCGAGUAG